UAUGUUAACUGCCAUUAGUGAUCGCAUGCCGCUGCAUUAACACCAUAUCUAAAGAGUUUGUUUGGAUGGCUAGUUUUAGUGAGACAGGCCUACUUGAUCGUUCGUUUAAAUCUUGACCUCCGCUUGAAUUAAGUUGGCUAGCUAAACUACGGUCCUGUUAUAGCUAGCUAACGUUAGCCCAUAUAACCGUUAAACUACAUCUGUGACUGACGUUAAUUCAAAAGAGUUGCAGUUCUGUUUGUUUUUUCAAUGGGUCGUUCUCAAAAUGUCAGAAAGUCAAACGAUACGGGAUGUAAAGUCGGUUCUGCUUUUUCCAGAAAAGGCCGCUCGGCCACGCCUGUCCAGAAAAGUACUGCAAGUGUCUGUACGAAGUUUUCAGGAAGAGCAAGGAAAAUUAAUGUUCCCAAUACAAAACAAGAUAACGUUAAAGUUGUCUCCGAGCGCAGAGAAAGCUUAGGUCUCUCCCCUAUACACGAGUCCCCGUACCAUCAUAACCAAGAAUCUGUCGUGUCAGCCGAGAAACGGAGGAAUCCACCACCUCACAUGUAUUGGAAAGACAUUGUCAGUAGCAGCGAUGCAAGUGGUUCGACGUAUCGAGACGGUACCUCUGACAUGAUUAUGCCAUCCGGCGUGUCUUCGUUUCUUCUGGACUGCCUGGGCACCAGCUCGCCUAUUUAUCCCCCUGGCCAGACUUCUCACGACAGCAGCCUGCCGUCACCCGAGAUUUUCCGGAGGGCAGAUGACGGGGAGGAGCUGGAUUUCUCCGUGGAGGGGCUGGCGGAGCUGAACGUGAAGAACUCCACUCUCCUAGAUCUCAGCCAUGCAGUGGACAUCGACAUGAGACAGCCGCCUAACCUGUCCUCCAUCCUGGAGGUCUCCAGGAAACAGGAUGAGACGACCCUGGAACGGGGAUCUCCCCCGGCUAGAGUGAUGCGCGCGCCAUUCAAACAGCCCAAAAAGAUCGAGAGGGCUCGACCGGUGAGAUGCAGGAAAAAGGUCACUUUCCACGAGUCUGUUCUCAGACAGGAAGGGCAUCGGGCUGAGGAUAGCGGACUCAAAGUGGCCAGACGGGAAGUGAGCGUUGAGGCGGCGAGCCCCGAUCUUCAGCUCCUGGAAGUCCGGUCCCGCGCCAGCGCACGGAACCCUGAAGAGGAGCAUGAUGGGACGGUCUCCCGUGGGGUUGACCCCCGGGCGCUGCCGUGGCGACCACGUCCCGCGAGGUUCUUUGACUUCGCCGACCGCGCGGAGAAGCAAGCUUUUCUGCAGAGAACGAGGGGAAAACUCCCCAAUGCUUUUCCCUCAAAGCCACUCCCAGUGCCUGAUCAACUGGAACCUGUUCAUGUGAAGUUCAUGAACUCUGAGGUUCACGAUGCCAGUGAACUGCACGAGGUCUGCUGGAUUCAGUUGCUCCACCAGGGGGAGACAUUCUUCCGCAAUUCUCAUCUGAAGAGAGUUGCCACCGAGGAAGGCGUCUUCUAUGAAGACUAUGGCAAGGUCAGACAGUUCCACGGACAGGUCUUCUUCCCAUUGCAGAAGGAUACGAGACCAGAGUCUUGAGUGUAAAAGUUAUUUCAGGCAUUUUGAGAAUGUGUACUGUGUGUUUGAUGUUCAAAUGAAAUGUAAAAUGAAUUUAAUUAAAACUGUAAUUAUAAUUGUUGAAAAUAAAUGGGAGUAUGUA